UAACCUCCAUUUUGUACGAUACGAUUCCCAAAAGCAGGCCAAAACGUGGAUGUCUCUCUCUCUCUCUCUCUCUCUCUCUCUCUCCUCACAUUAAAUUCACCAAAUUCCCUUCAAGGUUUUAUUAUUAUUCCCCAAGAUCUGCAAUAUCAAGCAACAGGCUUUUAUUUACUGUAACAGCUAGCAAGCCACAGAAGUGUUUGCACCUUGUGAAAACGAGAGAGAGCAGAGCAGAGCAGAGAGCAUGGAGGUGGGUCAGUUGCAGGAAAGAUUUGUUGACUACACAAAAUCGUUGUUUUGUGAGGGGUUCUUGGAUGAUCAGUUUCUUCAGCUUCAGCAACUUCAAGAUGAGAGCAACCCAGAUUUUGUGGUUGAAGUGGUGUCUCUGUUUUUCGAAGAUUCUGAAAAGCUUCUUAAUGAUCUUACCAAAACUCUAGAUCAGCAGUUUGUAGAUUAUAAAAGGGUUGAUGCCCAAGUUCACCAGUUGAAAGGUAGCAGUUCCAGCAUUGGUGCUCAAAGAGUUAAAAAUGCCUGCAUUGGAUUUCGCAACUUCUGUGAGGAACAGAACAUUGAAGGGUGUUUGAGAUGUCUGCACCAAGUAAAACAAGAGUACUCCCUUGUCAAGAACAAGCUUCAAACUUUAUUCAGGUUGGAGCAACAGAUUGUGGCCGCUGGUGGAGCAAUUCCUAUGGUGGAAUGAGUGGUCCUAAGGUAACCCUAAAGCAAGCAAAACAAGUAUGUUUGGGAGCUGUUGUGAAGUUUUUUUUUUUUUGUGAACUAUUGUUCUUCACCUAUGUAGCUGCUGAACUUGCACCUAUAAAAAUAAUAGUGAAAGUGAGAGCAAACAUGCCCUUGUAUUUAGUCCUCCUCCUGAUGGAGCAUGUCGAACUUAUAAAUGAAUUUUGGUUU